CAUCUUGCGGUGGAAGACAUCUACAAGAUGCCCGUCUUCAAGCAGUCUUUGACGCAGCUCACUUCGCACUUCGGACAGUCGAACUACGGGUUCUUCAAGAAAAUCAUAUCCGAUAUCGCGAACGUCACCAAGGAGCGGCGAGUCUCCGCCUGCGUGAUCAUCACUCGCCCGCCCGAGAUCAUCGUCUGCUUCAGCAUCGCAGAUGCUCCCGGCGGCACCGAGCUAUUUGUCGUUUUCGACUCCCACCCGCGCCCCGAGAAGCACCCCGAUGGCGCCGCUUUCAUCCUCUUCAACGCGGUAUGCACAACUGCACGCCAUCUCGCCGAACUCCUCUACUUCGACGAGGACAUCCUGCAGGAGCCAGACAUGCACUGGCAUGAGCAGCUCCUCGGGCAAUGUUCCGGAGAUGUCUUCGUCGCCGCCGAGGCGCCCCCGAACGGCGCCAAGUGGGCCGAGAUCGCGCUCGAGGCGAGCCUGCAGGUGCUCAGACUGGAAGCACAGGUGCGUGAGCUUCAGGAGAAGACACAGAUCCUGGAGGGUGAGAAGAAGCAGAUCCGUGAGGAGCUCGUCGGGGUCGAGCACGAAAUUAUCCAGAUGGACGACAUGCUGCAAAAGGAAAAGGAGAAGAACGAGCGCCUCAAGCGGAAGCAUGCUCCUCACCAGCCGCAGCGCAAGACUACAGCACCCGCGCCAACGCCUAGCCAGGCAGAAAGCCAGCACGGACAAAGCGGCUUUGGCUUCAGGAAUUUUGCGUGGCGGCCGGCUCCUGGUCAUGCAUUUUCGGCAAAUGGCGCGACCAGAGACGACACAACGGCGAAGGGCAAACUCCAGGGCGACAGCAGCACGGCCCGCAAGGGCAAGCCCAAAAGGCGCCAUGGCGAGACGAUGCGCGACCAGAAGAAGCCCGAGGACGAGGCCAAACGCUCGGCCGCCGAAUCCGUCCCCGUCCCCAAAAUCGACCCCAUCGUAGUGCAGCUGCAGACCCAGGAUGACGAGGAGAACCGCGAUCUCGAGCGGCAGAUGCGCAAUCUACAGGCCAGCCAGCCCAAGUCUUUCGAUUGUGGCCUUUGCUUGGAGCGGUUCCAGGAGGACUUCAUUGCGCGUGUGGACCUGUGCGGCCAUGUGUACUGCCGCCAGUGUCUUGCCGGGCAGGUGGCGUCCAAGAUCGACGAACACCGGUAUCCGAUCCUGUGCCCCUUGUGCACCGCGGACAAGACGCGCAUUGACGCGCCCAGAGGUGCGUGUGCCCUUGAGCAGUACACAGUCUUCGAGGAGAUGCAGAUGAACAGGUUCUCCAUCACGAUCCUCUGCCGCAGGUGCAAGCAGACGCUGUUGGUGGACAAGACUGAGUACCGGGAGACCAAGAUCGUCCGCUGUCCGCUGAAAGGUUGUGGCUACACAUGGUGUAAGCUGUGCUUGCGGGAGGUCGACCCCAUGAUACAGAAGCACACCUGCGACGGGACGUAUGUGUUCGACCGCUUCAUAAGAAAGCGCUGCCCUACGUGCACAACCCCCUCCGAGAAGAUCUCUGGGUGCAACCACAUUACUUGCGUGUCUCCGGGCUGCAACACCCACUUCUGCUACCGUUGCGGAGCGCUCAUCGUGCAGUCGGCCUUGCCCAGUGACAUCGUCGCGGCGACAACUGCGCAUUACACCAAGUGCACGAUUUAG